AUGUCCUAUCUGGAUAAUGGCCCAACCAGCUACCCAGUUGCUGAAGUUCUGGCAACUGUUUUUGAUUCCUCCGUCUCCUGCAUCCGAAAGCUGGGCCGGGAGCGGGGGCUGCAGGCCGAGUAUGAGACGCAAAUAAAAGAGAUGCGCUCGCAGCUGAGCGAGCAAUUGCGCUGCCUGGAGCUGCAAGGGGAGCUGCGGCGGGAGCUGCUGCAGGAGCUGUCGGAGUUCAUGCGGCGCAGGGCCGAGGUGGAGCUAGAGUACUCCCGGGGCCUGGACAAGCUGGCCGAGCGCUUCUCCAGCCGAGGAGGCCGCCUGGGGGGCAGCAGCCGCGAGUAUCAAAGCUUCCGGAAGGAACCGACCCUCCUCUCAUCCUUGCACUGCUGGGCCGUGUUGCUGCAGCAGACUCGGCAGCAGAGCCGGGACAGCGCUGCCCUCAGCGAGGUGCUGGCCGGGCCACUGGUCCAGCGUUUGAGUCACAUUGCGGAGGAUGUGGGGCGCAUAGUCAAGAAGAGUAAGGAUCUGGAGCAGCAGCUGCAGGAAGAGCUCCUGGAGGUGGUGUCUGAGCUUCAGACGGCCAAGAAGACAUACCAGCCUGCCACGGCCACCACCCCCACUGAGGCAGGGCCCCUGCGCAAGACCUCUGUCAAGAAGGGAUCACGAGUGGUAGAAAAGCGUCAGGCCAAGUUCUUGGAGCACAAACUGAAGUGCACGAAGGCACGCAACGAGUACCUGCUCAGCCUGGCCAGUGUCAACGCCGCAGUCAGCAACUACUACUUGUAUGACGUCUUGGACCUCAUGGACUGCUGUGACACAGGGUUCCACUUGGCCCUGGGGCAGGUGCUCCGGAGUUACACGGCUGCCGAGAGCCGCACCCAAGCCUCCCAGAUGCAGGGCCUGGGCAGCCUGGAGGAGGCGGUGGAGGCCCUAGAUCCUCCAGGGGACAAAGCCAAGGUGUUGGAGGUGCACUCGGUCGCCUUCUGCCCCCCGCAGCGUUUUGACUACCAACCCCAUGAGGGGGAUGAGGUGGCUGAGAUCCAGGUGGAGGUGGAGCUGCGGGACGAGAUUCUGCCCAGAGCCCAGAAUAUCCAGAGCCGCCUGGACCGACAAACCAUAGAGACAGAGGAGGUGAACAAGACGCUGAAGGCCACACUGCAGGCCCUUCUAGAAGUGGUGGCAUUGGAAGAUGGGGACAUGCUAGACUCCUUCCAGGCCUGUCCCUCCACUGAGUCCCUCAAGUCCACCAGCUCGGACCCAGGCGCUCGGCAGGCGGGCCGGAGGCGGGGCCAGCAGCAGGAAACUGAGACCUUCUACAUCACGAAACUCCAGGAGUACCUGAGUGGGCGGAGCAUCCUUGCCAAGCUGCAGGCCAAGCACGAGAAACUGCAAGAGGCCAUUCAGCGAGGUAACAAGGAGGAGCAGGAGGCGCCUUGCACCCAGUACACACAGAGAAAAUUCCAGAAGAGCCGCCACCCCCGCCCCAGCUCCCAGUAUCAUCAUAAACUCUUCGGGGGAGACAUGGAGAAGUUUAUCCAGAGCUCAGGCCAGCCCGUGCCCCUGGUGGUGGAGAGCUGUGUCCGCUUCAUUAACCUCAACGGCCUGCAGCACGAGGGCAUCUUCCGGGUGUCGGGGGCCCAGCUGCGCAUCUCAGAGAUCCGUGAUGCUUUUGAGAGAGGGGAGGACCCCCUGGUGGAAGGCUGCUCAGCCUGCGACCUGGACUCGGUGGCAGGGGUCCUGAAGCUCUAUGGCUUCUGCAGGGCCGGUCCCCAGUGGCCCGUGGCCGCACUCACGGGCUUCUCUCCUCUCGGGGUGGUGGCCUCGAUCACAGAGCUGGAGGCCAUGGAGGAGCGGGUGGAGCUGGUGAGCCGCCUUCUGACACAGCUGCCAGGCCCAGUGCUGGUGGUGCUGCGCUACCUCUUCACCUUCCUCAGCCACCUGGCCCAGUAUAGCGAUGAGAACAUGAUGGACCCUUACAACCUGGCCGUGUGCUUUGGGCCGACGCUGCUGCCCGUGCCCCCUGGGCAGGACCCCGUGGCCUUGCAGGGCCAGGUGAACCAGCUGGUGCAGACACUCAUUGUGCAGCCCACACGGGUUUUCCCACCCCUCACCCUGCUGCCGGGCCCUGUCUAUGAGAAGUGCAUGGCACCGCCUUCUGCCAGCUGCCUGGGGGACACCCAGGUGGAGGGACUGGCAGGCGAGAACGAGCCGGAGCUGGAAGCUGGGACCCCAGCCCAGGAGGAUGUCCUGGAGGGCGUCGUGGAGGCGGUGGCCUGCUUCUCCUACACGGGCCGCACGGCCAAGGAGCUGACCUUCCAGCGUGGGGACGUGCUGCGGCUGCACGAGCGGGCCUCGGACGACUGGUGGCGGGGCGAGUAUGCUGGCACGUGCGGGCUCAUUCCGCACAAGUACAUCACGCUGCCUGAGGGAGCAGAGAAGCACGCUGUGGGCCCGGAGCUGCAGGCUGGGGAGCUGCUGAGCAGUGCGGAGGGCCUCCCGGCUGUGGAGAUCACCCAGCGGCCAGAACUAUGUACCCCAUCCGGGGGCUCUUUUGGGCACAGACGACACUGCUUGGUCCCAACCUCCCCAGAUCGACAUGUGGAGAUGGAUAAGGCUGUGGCACAGACCAUGGACUCCGUGUUUAAGGAGCUCUUGGGAAAGACUACCGUCCGCCAGGGCCUGGGGCCAGCAUCCACCAACUCUCCCAGCCCCGGGCCCCGCAGCCCGAAGCUUCUAGGCUGUGGCCGCCUGGGCAAGAACAAAGGCUUCUCCCGCAGCCCUGGGGCGCCGGCCUCACCCUCAUCCUCAUCGUCCCAACCCCCGGGCCUGGACUCACCCCUCAAGCCACACUGAGGUGCCACUGGCUCCUCAGCAGACCCCCCCCUUACCUUAACGGGUUGCCAGCAAGACCCUCCUCCCUCCCCAGGCCCUUUGCUUCUCCCUGGCCCUGUCCAGCAAACACGGAGCACCUGCUCUUGACCCUUUGCGGAAAGAAGGACACAGCUGCCCAACCGAGCCCCUGCCUGCCCCAGCCCUGGCUUAGGCCCCUUUGGGAGGCAGCCAGCGGAGGCUGGGGGCAGCCCCUCCCCAGCUUGCCUGUGAGGGCUCAUCAGUGGCUGUUGGGUGGUGGGUGCCCUUGCUCAGAUGAGCACGCCUGCCAGUGCCCAGGCCCUUCUCUGCUUCAACCAAGGGCACGAGACUGGUGGGGGUUGGCAGGCCUGGCAGCCAUUCAUAAAGACUUGAGCAUUGACUCCCCUACGUGAGCCAGGUCUCUUGUUUUGGGGGACUGGGCACGUGGGUACAGGGCCAACCCCCUGUCACCCUCACUGCUUGAGGCCAGAUGCCAGGGCGCUCAGCAAAGGCGGCAGGGUGGGCGGCUGGACCAGCUUCUGUUGGGAGGCGGGGGGCUCGGCACAGGGCUGUGUGGGCCGGGGGCUUGGACAUUUGAAGGCUGUCACCUGCAUCGUGAGCUCCACAGUCAGACGUGUGUGUGUUGCGGGGGAG